AUCUCCUCCAUCAAAUCCAUCUUUUUCCUAUUCAACUCCCCUCCAAUACCCUUCGUCGAUGGUUCCUUGUUUCGUAGCUUACCUCUGGAGCGUGGAGGAGAGAUGGCGGGCGGCUUCGACGACCUGAUCGAGUUCCUCUUGCAGGAAAUUGCCCUUCUGGGUGAGAAAGGCUUGUCUCCUUCGGAGUUUCGAGGGCUCAUUGAUCGGUUUUAUAAACCGGUAGGAAGAAAUUUUGGCGCGGCAGAGGCACCCGAACCCCCGGUCGCGCUGGUGGAUGACUUGCUCGUUGAGCAGGUGUGGAAGUGGACGACGGCGCAUCGGGACAUUUGGGUGGGGAUAAAAGGAGAGUAUAACGGGGUGUCAUGGAAAGAGGCCGUUGAGAUUGAAGCUGCUGCCUCGCCGUUCAAUCAGCAACUAGAGCGAGCGGCGGACGUACCUCAAAGCCAAGUUAAUCAUACUGACAAGCCGGAUGGUGGAACUCCAAACCCCAUUGCUGAAUCUCAAUCCAAUGGGAACGUUGGGAAAUCCACCGAGACCGAUCCCCAGGUCAAAAUAGAAGAAGCAGCAGAAAAUCCAGCCUCUCAAGACAAGAUUCGAAUCUACGCCUCCGAGGAGCGGAUCUGGCACGCCCUGGCAGGCCAUGGCAUCGACCGCAAGAGAGUGCCUCCGCUGGAGUUUCAACUUCUCUGUGUCAUCGCAGCUCAAGGACCGAAAGGCAUCAUCCAGCCGCAGCUUGUCAAACUCAGCGGGCAGGACAAACGCUCUCUUCCGAGGCGCACCGAUGCCUUGCAAGAGAAGGGGUAUAUCGUCAAGAAGUCAAUCAUUCAAGGCGGCAUGCGCACGAGCAUUCUGACCUUGCGCCGAUAUGUCGAAGAGCACACGGAGGUCGCGUCGGACGAUGCGGCGAACAAGACGCGGAUCUUCGUCGAUGGCCAAGUGCAGGUGUUUAACGCGGUCGAUGCCAUAUACGAGCUUCUUAAAGACAUCAAGGUCAUGCCUACGGAAGAUCUAGUUCGGCUUGUAGGCUUCGAUGCCCGCUCCUUCCGGCGGCGGAUGAUGCGCGAUAUCUUCCAGCGGCUUGCCAUGCUCGGCGUGAUUGCGCAGGUCAAGGUCAAAGUCAGCUACACGAAGACCUGGAAUGUCUGGAAGCGGGCGGUCAGACUGCUCCGCGCUCCGAAUGAGAAGGACCGGAAGACGUUCGCAUCGUUGUCGAAGGCCGAGAUGAACUCAUGGAUCCGACAGCAGAACAAAGGAACAAACGGCGAUGGCAAUGCGGAAUCGGACCAAGACUCUGAGGACGAAGGCACCGUUGUUACUAACACGGAACAAGGGACGCCUGAGAUUCCAGGCCGGGCUGGCGUUUCCGAUCAACCACCGAAGCCCACCAUCGGUCCUCAAUGGGAUCCAGACCGAUUGUGGCCGAACAUCAUAUAUGAGUACGUCGACAGAGCCGGAGAAGAGGGUGUUUCAAGCAUGGACCUACGAGCCCGAACAUUUGGCCCGGUCUGGAAGCGCCCCUUCGACAUCGCGAUGGCGCGACUCACCGAUGCAUGGGAGGUUUCUCAACCGGAAACGUUGCGCCACUUGAAAAUCGUACGCGACACGGCUGUUAAAGAUAGGACGAAUCAUUACUUAUAUAGGACUGUCGGCCACUACCAGAGUCUUGUGAAUCAGGGCAACGGAGAUUGGGACAUCGUCAGCAACGGGCAUCUUGCGAAACCGGGCAAGAAACAGAAAGUCAAAUUGGAAUAUUUCCUUGCUCCGCCAGACGAAUGGGGCUUUCCUUCGGUCAAUACGAGCUUGCUAGCACCUGGAGAUGGCAUCGCUCCUCUACCGAAGCAGCCUAUUGGGCGCGAGGCCAUCAGUAAGCAGAAACAGCAAAAGCGCAAAUAUCUCGGCCUCGAUUUGUCCGAAAUUUCGAAGGAGAUCCACCAGGAAGAGACCCAAGCCAACCAGUCCACCACAACGACCGCGGCGAAAGGCAAGAAACGGGCGAUGGAUCGUUCAGCGCCAGGUGACACGACCUCCACACCUGCGGCGAAGAAAGCCAAACUUGCGCCGAUGGGCAAGAUCGCGCAGGAGAAGGCCAAGAAGGCAAGAGAGGAGGCCAAACGGUAUGUGGCUGCGCUGAGAAAACAAGCGGAGAAGUUGGCCGCAUGGCAGAUUACGAUGGAGAAGAAGAGGAGGGCGAAAGAGGCGGGGUUAGACUCAGAUGAUGUGGGCGUUGAUUUGCGAGAGAUCAAGCGUGCCACAGUGCAGAAGGUCCUAAAGCCACAAAAGAAGUCGUCGAUUGUUCCACCGAGGCGGAGGGGACGGCCGAGGAAACAGACUGAGAAAGUGGCCAUGGUGGGACAUGAUGAGGAAGACGGUGACGAACAUCCCGCCGUAAAUGGGUCUGCUGGUGCUCCCACCACUAUUCAGCAUGAACAAGUUGAGUCCCUUGCACCACCUGCUACUCAACUAGACCACGCUCAGGACAAUUUGCAAAACGGCGAACAGUCCAUUAGCGCAGAGGCAGACAAUAACAAUCAAAGUCAAGCAUUGGACGAAGACAAGAAAGCCUUGGAGCAGCGCACUGAAGAAAUUCUCACCGGAUUUCUCCACCGGACUCGACGGGGAGUCUACAUCAAACCUCCUUUUGCAGACCGGUCGUUCACGCGAGGUCGACCGCGCAAGACGUUUAUGAUUGCUAUUAAGCUCGAUCAGCUGAAGGAAGAGGUACCUGAGGAUGAGCAAGGAGCCCAAGCAGAGGCGAGGAGGUCCGAACUCGGAGAACAGGCGGAUGAUGGGGACGACGGUCGUCCUGAUUUAGAGAUGGUUGACGCGAACGACCAGCGUGUGGAGGAACAAAAUCUAGUUGAUGGUGAGGUUGGAGAACAAACCGCCUUUGUGGACACUUACGGUGCACCAACACAAACUGCAGCAGUACCUGUCAGUCCCGGCGAGGAAUUAGCAGCUCGAGCUACCCGCGAUACCCAUCCGAUUGAUAUUGACGAGCAAGAAGACACGGACCACGAAGCCGAGACAAAGGACGAUAUCGUAAUGGACGAAGACAUUCAACAGCCCUUCGAGUCACCUAGCUCACGCAAGCAGACCAUAUCUAAACCGAGUUUCAAACUCUGGAGUUUGUCUAGCCAGAACAAGAAAAUCACCAAAAAGAGAGGUUCGCAUCGAAGACCGGGUGUCCAACUCGGAGGUGGUACCACUGCGCUUAACCGGGUGAAAAUCAUUCUCGACCUGGUCAACAAAUGCGACGGCAUCAUACCUGGCGCUCGGGCGGUAUAUCCUUCAUUUGACUUUGCAUGGAAGGCGCUCCAUCCAAGUAGCGGUCGAAUUGACUCCCGGACUAUCGAACGAGCUCUGACCUCGAUGGUGGAAAUGGGAAAGCUCAUCCACAUUGAGGUUCCAUGCGAAAGGAAUGGGUCCAAAUUCACGCAAUCGAUGUAUACCUUUCCCGAGAUUGACCCUUCUUCGGAUCGUGUGGAGGACAUGAAGAGGAACAUACGCUCCUGCUACCCAUCGUCGUACCAUCCUCCUCAGUUAGGCAUAGCACCACCACCCGCGAAGCGUGGACCGCCGCGCCAUACCGAUCUAUAUCCAAAGGAUGAGACCGUACAGUUCGCACAGCCGCUUCCUCAACCCGCCAACGUUCGCAGGAAACAAGCGGCAGCCGAGAUCUCAAGGAUCAAGGCGGCCGAGCGGGCGGCCAAACAAGCGGCGCGGGAACAUGCCAGGAGAGAGAGGCAGGAGUUGAGGUUGGCAAGACAGCACCUCCGGGAAACGAACCGAGCCCACUUCAGGUCGAUCAGAGAUGUGACCAGUCACCGAGCCAAAAGACAGAAUCGACCUCCUAUGCCGUACGGGCCGUGGGGUCAUCCGUCAUUGGGCUUUGCACCUUCGUAUAUGCCACGUAGCGGGAUGCAGACUAUGUACCCAAGCAGGUAUCCAGUCCAAAUGGAUCCUAGAACCUCCCUUGUUCUGGUCAUCAAGGGACUUUCAAUGCUCACUCAGUGCUCAUCGGACUUUCACCCCUUGACGGGCACGUUCUCGACUGUCACCAAUGUGCCGAGACGUCUCGAACAGGCAGUGCCGGCUCGAGUGACAUUAUUGUAUAUGCUCCAAUCUUUCCAGAUGAAGGCAUACUAUCUCAUGCUGCAUCCAGCACCGACACUUCAUCAGCAAACCGGGACAUUUGGGACCAGUGCUAUCGUGCCGCAGGUGAUGCAGGUCCCACGCUAUCCUACUACUGGCGGCUCAGUAUCUCGACAGCUUCCAGCACUCCUCCCGGCCCCACCGUCGAUGUACAAUCCCAAAAUUUCUCAGCUGGCUCCAUUUAAUAAGGACGAUCCGCGCGCUUACGAUGCGUUACUUCAAUCUCACGCCCGCAAGGUUGCAAAACAGCCUUCUUUCAUCAAGGUCGAUCUGGAGAAGGCGUUGUCCGAGUCGGCGAAGUACUUCGUGACGGCCAUCACGGUCGUUCAAGCCCUCGUUGGCGGAGUCGAUCAAGGUAUCAACUGGACUUUAGUGACGACCAUCUGCAAAGGCAAUCCUCGGUUCGACAUCGAUAUGGACAUUGGUCAUCUGCGCUAUCGCUGGGUGAUUUAUCGAGAAUCCUUCAAAGACUGGCUCAAUGAAGUUAUUGAGGACUUCCGGGAGGUGUUUUUGGAAGCGUACGGAAAGGGGGAAGUCGACCCGAUCGAUUUCGAUAAGCCUUAUGACUAUGACUGGCUUGGCUUGGUCAAGUGGGCGAUGAAGAAGCUUCUGAUUCUAUCGAGGUCUCCUGCCGAGUUUAGAAGAAACCCGAUCACGCAUCGGAGCUUGCCUGCCACUUGGGAGGCGCUGGAGAAUUCGUUUUCUAUAGAAUCGGAACCGAGUCAGAGUCGCACGCUGCCGGAGAAGUUCUACAAUGACAAGACGAACGGCACGCACCGAGCGGUCUGGGUGCAUAACGUUCCAUUUGAGACGGAUGCAUUCGCCAAGACUAAGCCGCGAGGCAAAAAGGGGAAGACGCAAGAGACCGAAGAUGGACUGCGGCAGGGCGAGAAGCGGAUGACGAAGUCCUACGUCAGAUCCGUCAUCGCAACUCCCGAUGAUCAAUACGAUGCCUUCCUCGCCCGAGACAUUCUUUCGCGCUUCCCGCCCUACGCCAUGGACCGCGCGAUCGGUGAGCUCUCGCGGAAGAACAUCAUCUCCAAGCGAUUCCCUGGCCCCCACGUACCACCCGGUCGGACGUGGCAGCUUUCCGACCAGUUGAACUCGAUGCUCGACCGCCAAAUCACCGGCGAGAUGUACCAAGAAGCCGCGCAGUUCAAAGCGGACCUCGACCGUGCGUUUUCAGAAGGAGACGAACCCGUCGUUCGAGUGCCGUUUACGGCGAAGAACGGGACUAUGCUUGCGAUCCUGAACCUGGUUGCGAAUGGCCGAUGCAGACUGACUCCGGCCCUCCCUCGCAUCAUCAACGAAGACCAACCUCUCCUGCGAGGAGGUCGCGACGUUGACGCCGAGCUGGUGUAUUCGAAAUGGGGAUGGCUCAACGGCGCAUACAACACACGGAUCAUGAAUCGCAAAUAUCUGGAAUUCCACGUCGACGUCCACCCGACGGCUCGCUACCAACCAGGUAACCCAUUCCUCGCAAGCUUGCCCGAGGGGACAUUGCCUGCGCCCCCGACCGCCAACGAUGAUUUUGCGGAAUCGGAUGAGGCGUACCGUGGCUGCUACCCGCUCUGGCUCGAUCAUCAAUCGCACAUCAUCCAAGAUCUGUGGGAGAGGGUGGUCAUGGCGGUCGUGCAAAUCAUCUCGUUCCGCGCCGGAGUCGAUGUAGACGGAUUGAGUAGGGCGUUCAAAGGGAUGUUGGAGCCCUGGGAGCUUGAGAUAUGUGUGGGUUGGCUAGAGAAGGUUGGGGCGGUGGAGAGGGUGGCUGGGAAGGAGAACUAUACUGUGACGGAGUGGUGGUGGAUGGUUCCUGCGGCGUGGAUUCGAGAGGAGACGACGGAGGUGGACACUCGAAGGAUUGAAGAAGACCACAGUCCCAUUCUUGUGGAAUAAUACUCAUCGAAACAGCGGGGAAUCAUCAAUGUAUGGUAUGACUUAAUACCGAAGGUACCAUAAUUUUGAUAUCGGCCGUCGGCAUCCAAGUUUCCAGCGAUUAAUUCCCCAGUACAGGAAACUUUAGGUUUCAAGAUUCAUUAGGCAAUACUCUCCGAAACCAAAUCAGGAGAUCGGCGUGAUCGGACAAGAUGGCAAUCCCAAG